AUGGCUUCCAUGAUCGCCCCCCAGAUGGCUUUCCGUGCAUUCACAGCGGCCCCGAAGGCUGCGCCAUGGGCCCGUCUCUCCCUGCCCCGUACCCAGCCCGCAUUCCGUCGGUUCUUUGCCGCGCCCGCCCAAGAGCAGCCGCGUCUGCGCUUGGGGUCGACCGCUCCCAACUUCAAGGCACUGACCACCAAGGGCGAGAUCGAUUUCCACGACUUCAUCGGCGACAGCUGGACCAUCCUGUUCUCGCACCCGGCCGAUUUCACCCCCGUGUGUACCACCGAACUCGGCGCCUUUGCGAAGCUGAAAAAUGAAUUUGAGAAGCGUGGUGUCAAGAUGAUUGGACUGAGCGCCAACGACAUCGGUUCCCACGGCGACUGGAUCAAGGACAUCAACGAAGUCGCCUCCACGGACGUCCAAUUCCCCAUCAUCGCCGACGCCGACCGCAAGGUCGCCUUCCUCUACGACAUGAUCGACCAGCAGGACUUGGACAACAUCGCCCAGAAGGGCAUUGCCUUCACCAUCCGCUCCGUGUUCAUCAUCGACCCCAGCAAGAAAAUCCGCCUCACCAUGAUGUACCCUGCCUCAACGGGCCGCAACUCUGCUGAGGUUCUGCGCGUGAUUGACUCGCUGCAGACCGGUGACAAGAAGGGUGUCACGACCCCGAUCGACUGGCAGGUGGGCGACGACGUCAUCGUGCCCCCCUCCGUGUCGACCCCUGACGCCAAGAAGAAGUUUGGCGAGGUGCGCGAGGUGAAGCCGUACCUGAGAUACACCAAGGCCUAA